GCAAAGGAUCAGAAUUCAGAACCAGAGACAGCAACUGUGGAGGGAAAAGCAAACGACGUCGUCAUCUUUCGUACCCUGUCUAGGAUUCCCUCCACACGCCAUCAUUACUUCUUCUUCCUACUUUUUCCCUCUUCUUUACAAACCCAACACCUUCCUUUCCAUCUUCACAAAUCAUUCACACUCUCACUCCUUCUCCUGAAUCCUAAACGACAUUCGUUUUCACCUCUUAUUUUACAUUCCUUCGUCUUCCUUCCACUUCUUCCAUGGCAGCAACAACACCUCGAUCCAUCCCCGACAUUCCCAUUGAUUUCCGAGCUCCUCCGCCCUCUCCCAUCGCCUCCGGCCGCCGUUCCUCCUUCGCUAACGACGACGUUCUCACCGAGUUUCUCGAGACCUCGCUCCGUGUACCUGACCUUAUCCUUCCCGACAAGAUCUUCCCCAAACAAAAUUGCCUCGAGACGCCUCCCAAGGUUGAUUUUAGAUCCUUGUGCUCUGAUCAUGACGACGCUGCGUCAUUGUCCGACGUCGUUUCCGACUCUCUGGCGAGAAUCGGAUGUUUUCAGCUGGUGAAUCAUGGAGUCCCGCGGGAAUUAAUGACCUCGACUAGGGAGGUUGCUGCGCGGGCGAUAUUUCAGGUCUCGCCGGAGAAGCGAGCGACGGUGACGAGAUCGCCGCCGGAGAAACCGUGGGGGUUCGAAGAGUAUCAUUCGGAUGAGGACGGAAGUGAGUUGAGCGAGGAGUUCGUAUGGUGCAGAGAUCAUGACUUAAAGUUGAAAAUGGAGGGAAUUUCGCAAAUCGGAUAUUCAAAAUUCAGCAAGGAGAUGGAAGCUCUGAUGUCAGGCAUAGAAAAGGUGGCCGAGAAAAUUCUGCCGGUGAUGUUGAAGAAUUUUCCCGGAGAAUUAGUUACAGGUGGCACUGAUGAUGAAGAAUUUGGGACAGUAUGUUGUGUUUAUAAGCACAGCCAGGAUAGUAUGGCAGAGGGAUGGGCUAAUUCUUUGAAAUAUGAUGUGAUCAGAAUGCUGAUAAGAGGAACAGAUUACUCUCACGCCUUGUGCUUGCAUGUAUGUGAUGGGUGUUCAGAGUUUCACGUUUACUCUAAGAAAGGCUGGCUCUCUUUCUGCCCUGAACAAGGCGCACUUAUAAUCACCGUUGGAGACCAAAUCCAGGCAACAAGUGGUGGGCUCUACAAGCAGGUGAUUGGAAGGCCAAUCUUGAAAGGAGAGAAAGAUCAUGACAGUAUUUCAAUAGCUUUCCUUUAUUCUCCUCCAAGCAACAGAAACAGUUCUCCAUCCAAAAAGGAAAGAACUAUAUCAUUUGGCCAGCAAGCUUUGUUAGCUAUAAUUCUGACCCUAAUCUUCCAAUUCUUCAUUUUUGUCUACAAGAAAUGUUGAUCACAAUCUUGUUUUGGAGAAUUGUUGUGCACAGUUCAGUACAAAUUACACGAGUCAUAUCUAUUUAUAUGUGGUGAUUACAAAGAUUA